AUGAGGUGGUAUGGUGAAGAAAACCAACGAUCAUCGUUGUCUCUAUGUGAAUAUGAUGACAUCUUUAUCGGAUGUGUGGAUGAUAUGCCGUUGAAGACAUGUCGCGAUGAUGUUUAUGACGUAGGAGAUAGUGGGUUACAGUGGACCAUGAAGGAUGUGAUGAGGGCGUCGGUUGGUGUAUUAGGAGAGAGUGCAUUGGGAGUGACCGAAAAAGUGGUUUUUUUAGAUGGCAAGUGUUGCGUGUUGAAGAGGUUCAGGAUGGUUCGUGUUGGGAGGAAGGAGUUUGGGCGACGUUUAGCACGACUAGCAUCAAUCGUUCAACAAUGUGACUAUCUUGUUCCACUAAAUGCUUAUCUUUACUCGAAAAGGUUCAAGUUUGUUGUUUGCGACUAUUACCCCAUGGGUAGUCUUCAAGAUUUGCUUCUUGGCGCAAGGAGACAUGGUCACACACCUCUAAACUGGAAGCAAAGGUUCAUUAUAAUCUUACAAAUAGCAAAAGCCAUUGCUUUCAUUCAUUCACAACCUCCACAAGACAAACACAUAGUCACCAAUGUCCAUGGCAACCUAAAAGCCUCCAACAUCAUGAUAUGUGCUGAUUUUAGCAUACGUCUUGCUAAUUACGGUUUUACCCAACUUGCAACUAACAUACCUGAAAUUGGUCCCUCGUCACCAUCAUCACCACUACCACCAGAAAAUACCAGUAUCGAAGUAUUGUCACAAAAACACGACAUAUACCACUUUGGAUUGAUACUUUUGGACAUGCUUGGAGGACCUAACGCCUUAUACUCGUCGCACAGGGUUUUCGAAAGAAAAGAACGAGUUUAUGAUAAUAAAUUAGGGUUUUUUGAGUUUCCUUUUGAAGGGAAAGAUAGUAAGCAUGUAUUCAAGGUUUUAGACAUUGCCUUAGCAUGUAUACAUAGGCUACCUCAAGUUCGACCAACCAUUGACAACAUACUUUUAUAUUUACGAAAGAAAUAACAAUACUAUACUUGAUCA